AUGCCUGCGACGAAUUCAUCUACGGUCACUUCGAGGGCAAAGGGCGAUAGCCCAAGCCCAGCUCCUGCUGCAGCCGAAGGUGCUGAUAAGAGCCACGAUUUCUUCUGGACAUACACGGAGGAGCCUCAUCGAACUCGCCGUCUCGCUAUUAUCAAGGCUCACCCCGAGAUCACCAAGCUCUGCGGUCCUGAGCCUCUCACGAAAUGGGUCGUCCUCGGUGUCGUCUCCCUCCAGGUCUUCCUCGCAUGGAUGCUCCAGUCGACUCCUUUCUUCUCAUGGAAGUUCUGGGCUGUCGCCUACGUCUUUGGUGCCACUGCCAAUCAGAACCUUUUCCUCGCCAUUCACGAGAUCUCCCAUAACCUGGCUUUCCGAAGCGCCCGUCUCAAUCGUCUGAUCGCUAUCUUUGCCAACCUUCCCAUUGGCAUUCCUUACAGCGCUUCGUUCCGACCAUACCACCUUACCCACCACAAGUCCCUCGGUGUCGAUGGCCUCGAUACCGAUCUUCCCACUGCCUUCGAGGCCUUCGUUCUGGAUUCGAUUCUCGGAAAGGCCUUCUUCUGCACUUUCCAGAUCUUCUUCUACGCCCUGCGACCCAUGGCCGUCUACCGCGUUCCUUUGACUGGAGUUCACGCCCUCAACAUCGCUGUCCAGGUCGCCUUUGAUCUCGUUCUCCUGCAGUACGCCUCUGUCAACUCUCUCCUCUACCUGCUGCUCUCCUCCUUUUUGGCCGGGAGUCUUCACCCUCUGGCUGGCCACUUCAUCGCCGAGCACUACGUGUACGAGACCGUGGCUCCCUCCGCUCGCGACCCGGAGAACAAGAUCCCUGUCCCCGAGACCUUCUCUUACUAUGGGCCCCUCAACUGGUUCACCUACAACGUCGGGCUUCAUAACGAGCACCACGACUUCCCCGCAGUGCCUUGGACUCGUCUUCAUAAAGUGCGCGAGAUUGCUCACGAAUUCUAUGAUGACUUGCCCCGCCACGAGAGCUGGUGCUAUGCCAUCUGGCGCUUCAUCUUCGAUGAGAACGUUGGCAUGAGUUGCCGUGUCAAGCGUAAGCAGGGAGGACGCCUUGUCGGUGGCGGUGCUGUAGCAGACUGGAAGCAGUCCGAGAUCGAGUCGAUUUAG